ACUUCUUGGAACCCGGGAAAGCCUGGAAGAAAGGCGACGGUUUGCGCAUGCGGAGUAGAAUUUCUGAACAUGUCCAUUUUGGGACCACAUGAUGCGGGCGACCAAUCAGGCCCCCGCGAACCUUGGCGGCAACCAAUAGGAGUGGCGUACUCUUAAUAGGUUUAAGGGCGCCAGGAUUGGAUUUGUCUGGGACGGUUGUGUUGGCUUGGCGCUUAAACUGCAAUGGCUGCCCUCAGUGAACGAAUUGAAGAUAUGGAAAAAGUGAGCAAGGAACUGCUGAAAUUGAUGACAGGAGGCAAGGCAGUGGACAUGCUGAAGCACAAUCUGGCCCAACAGGAGCAAAUGACUGACAAACUCUUGGAUACCCAGAAGACCACAAAACAGUUGAUCAGAGAGCUCAUGAUUACCGAGGAGAAAGUGGCACAGAGACUUUCCAACAGGGAGGAGGAGUUGAAGGCGAGUAUCCAAAAGCUGCAGAAAAUUGAAGAAGAAUUACUCCAGGCAAAUGAAAAGGAUGAAAAAUUGAGGAUCCACAUUAAUGAAUUAAGAAGACUGCUGGAGACAUUGAGAGAAGAAAGCAGGCAGCCGCAGCAGCGUGCAGCAGAAGCAGCUGACAGGUCUAUGUCAGCUACGUAUCUUGUACAUCUUUAUUACCAGAUCUGCCAUAUUGACUGGGACUAUUCCUGUGAGCCAACCCUGAUCAAAGGAACCCAUUAUGGACCAGAUAUUGCUCAAUCUAUUAACCUCGACAGUAGCCAACAUUCUCCCUGCUUUAUCAGUGAUUACCUCUGGAAUCUGGUGAAUACAUCCUGGUGAAUAGAGAGGCUUUUGGCAAACAGUAGACAAUGUAACAGAUGUUCCUACAGGCAAGAAAUAUUUCAGUGGCUCCUUCUGUGUUAUGCUUUUUGGCAGAGCAGUAUUCUGGAGAGUGUUAACGAACGGAAUAAAUGCAGACUGAACCAAAAUAAACAUGAAUACUAAUCACAAAA